UCCCAUCCAUAAAAAGAGCGCAGGUGGUACUCUGUCUGAGGGAAGCAAAGAAGCAAAGGGAACUACACACAGCAACUCUACACAACAGGCACCUUGCCUUUCAAUCAUCACCGGUCCUGAUUAUGUCAGCAGAGCUUCUCCCUCCUGGUUGGCUGCAGAGGACCCUGGCAGUGAUGCUGUGGUUAUCAUGUGGCAGCGCUCUCCGGCUAGCCAAUCAGAUGGCAUGCACAGCCAGGAGUCCCGCCACUUACAUCCUGGUCUUUACUGGGCAAUGGAAUCCAACAACAUUCCCCAAGCAGUAUCCUACGUUCAGACCUCCUGCCCAGUGGUCCAAACUCAUAGCGGUCAGCCAUAGCAGCAGAUUCCACCUGUGGCAGGAGGGCUCCCUGGCCAGUCAGGGGGUGCAGAUGUUUGCAGAGAGGGGGGUGACUGCCGCUCUCAUCAAAGAGACCAAGGAGGUGAAGAAGAGUACGAAGAGUGUCCAUGGUGUGUACAGAGCUCCGGGCAUCUCUAACGGGAUCGGGCACACCUCCACAGAGCUGCACAUGCAACCCAGGAGCCCUCGGCUGUCUCUGAUGGGGAAAAUCAUUCCAAGCCCUGAUUGGUUUGUUGGGGUUGACAGCCUUGAUCUUUGUGACGGUGGCCAAUGGGUACAGGAAGUAUCACUUGACCUUUAUCCAUAUGAUGCGGGGACAGACAGCGGCUUCACCUUUUCAUCUCCAAACUAUCUCACAGUGCCCCAGGAAAACAUCACUCAGAUCACGUCGCAGAACCCAAACCACCCCGCUAACUCUUUCUACUACCCCAAGCUGGAAAAACUGCCCCCUCUGGCCAGGCUGACCCUGACACGGCAGACUGGGCACUCGCCCGGGCACAAGCAGUUCUCCAACCACAUCCUCCGAGAGGCUGGCAGCAAACGCUACUCAGAGACGCCCCUGGACUGUGAGGUGUCAAGGUGGUCCUCAUGGGGUCUGUGUCUGGAGAAGUGUGGCAGACCGGGGAUCCGUCACAGAACACGCUACAUCCUGCUCCAACCGGCCAAUAGCGGAACUGCGUGCCCCGACCUAGAGGAGGGGGAAACAUGUUUCUCUGAGAACUGCAUCUGAGCCCUGGCCAGGACAACCCUGGGAGGGGGGGAUCACUACAGACAGACACACCUAGCAUUCAGGACAAUUCAACACUCCCCCUCCACUCCGCAAUCUAAACAGACCCUCUUGCUUUGAUAUUUGAAUUCAGAGCUCACAUAGAGAAAAGGUGUCAGCAGGUUAAUGCGCUAGCCUCUUACCUCCUGGGUGACAAGGAGGGACGGUUGUUAAGGUCAGUUUGAGGUGCCCUGGAGUAGAUAUUUGGGGAGGCUCACAUGAUGUAAUAGCACAGCACCAUCCACAUUGUGCCUGUAUGCAGCCUGUGCCAAUGUUCCUCACAAACUAUUCACCAGCAGCAUCAAUAUUCUUUUUUUAAUGAGGCAUUUACUGUAAAUACCAAUAAAAUAGUAAUUUGUACUGUAGUCCUUUAAAUUCACACAGACACACCAUUUAUAAGAGGGACUGGGUUAAGCAAUUAUUAUUGUCUGCAACUUUUUUUUAUAAAGUACUGGUAAACUAUUCAAUAUAUGUGUAGUUGAGUAUAUCUCAGAGGAGGACUGAAUGCCAAGCAAUAGACAGAAUAAAGCAUGCAUUGAUAAUGUGUAUAUUUAUAUAUUGAUAUGAGAAUUGUGCAUUGUGAAGACCAUUCAUAUGAAAUGAGUGUUACAGCCUGCAUUGGGGAACUACUGUUAGUCUGGGUGUUUUAGCACAGGGUUGCUGGUUCAACCCUCAAUUAGUUUAUUAUUUUAUUUAAAAGAAUCUUAAUUAGAAUAUUUUCAACAUAAGCUCCCCCUUGCAAAAAUGUGAUAGAGGUUUUUCUUUUUUUUAUUGCAUAAAGAGUGCCAGCGGGAUGGAGAAAACUAUUUGCAGUCAGCAGGCUCACUCGCUUACAAUUAAGUCUUAUUUGAAGGGGGCAUUGUAUAUGAUUUUAUUUUAUUGAAGCUGAAACUGCACUGGCUGAGUUCAAGGUCUGGAGCCAUUAACUCCUCAGGCCUCAAAUAACAUAAAAAAAAAAAAAAAAAACUGGCCACAUAUUUCGAAUGAAUUCCAGAGAGUAGCAGCAGCUAUGCCCAAUGGUCCACACGUCUGCUCUGUAUCAGGAGACAGGGAGGUAUGACACAAGGAUGCGGGUCUGAGCUCUGGAUUCUCACCUGCUUUCAGAUCCCUCUAACAGAUGAUCUCUGAGUGUGUUAAGUCAACACGUUGUUCUGUCUGCAAAUUCGCUGUGCGGAAUAUGAAAUGUGUGAUGAACCUCCAAAGUCUUUUCUCUUGGAGAGUUGCAGUACCAGAAUGCAUUGAAUCUGCCGUCACACUGCACUAUAUAAUUAAUUAGCACAAAUGUUGACGAAGAAGGUCUUCAGAAGGAACCGAAUACCCUGUGUUUUGUCCACGUUAGACAGGAUCACAGGAAUGGUAUUUUUUGCAUUCAAAUGGAUAGAAUAGGAUACCCCAGAGAUAUUCCUGUUUUGGUAUCCGUAAUGCUGGCAACUCUGGUUAUAAGGGAUAAUGUCAAUGUUGCUGUCUAGGAAACAGCUGGAGGUGAGGAGGUUAAGAAACUGCUGUUCAAAGAGCUAACAAGUUGAGCACCCACACUCAUUUGUGCAUUCACAGCUCCCUCUAGUGGUCAAGUCAAGUGAUCACGUCAAUUAAUUUCAAUGAAUAUUUAUUCAAGCCAGUGUGAACCACGUGUUCAGUUUGACACUUAAUACAAUUCCUUGGUGUCUGUUUAAUACAUACUUACAUUGUCUUCAAAGCAGU